AUGCGUGCCUUAGACAUCGUGCCACUACUAUGUGCCCUGGUUGAGGCCAGGAUAGACCGGCAGAGAGUCGUUCAAACUUUCAACCCUCGCCGUACUGCCAGUUCUCCCGAGACGCCGCUGCAGGUAGGCAAUGGUAACUUUGCAUUCGGGACCGACAUCACUGGUCUCCAAACCUUCAGUCCCUUCGCGACCAUGUCAACGUGGGGAUGGCACAACUUCAGCCUGCCCACAACUCCGGGCCAGACGUCCAUCGAUGACUACCAUGGCACUGAGUGGUGGACCCAUGGCCGGCUCGUCCAGUACAACAUGGCCAACCCGACAAACAGUGAGAUUGCUGACUGGCUCCGUGAGAACCCUCAUCGAAUCAACCUUGGCACCAUCGGCUUCUCUUUCAGCGGCCGUAACAGCAUCACGGUCACGGAGAGCAUGCUGGGCGACAAGGAACAGACCCUCGAUAUGUGGUCGGGUGCUAUCUACUCGAGUUUCACACAUAAGAACGCCUCCGUCAAGGUCGAAACCUGGGCCGAUCCCAACUCUGACACCAUCGCUGUGUCUGUUGAAUCAAAGCUUCUGACAUCUGGGGAUUUGGCCAUCUUUUUCGACUUUCCCUAUCCGACGAACGACAAGUUUGGGGCGCCCUUCGUUGGUGCGUUCAACUUGACUGACCAACACACGACCACUCUCGGGGAGUGUGGAAAGAGCUAUGCUACAAUUCACCAUAACCUUGCCACCGCAGAAUACGACCUGCGUCUUGGAUGGGACAGCGGCAGAGGUGAUGGAAAGUUGGCAUCACCAACCGACGGGAGCCAUCGGUAUGUCUUGUCCGUAAAUGGCACUGACAAGCUCCGCUUCACGGCCAACUUCGCACGUUCCAAGCCAGCAAGCCAAUCCAGUUUCGACGAGAUUGCGACAGCGUCCCAAAUUUGGUGGCCGACAUACUGGUCUAGCGGCGCCUUCAUCGAUAUGACCGCCACCGCAAACGCAAACGCAACCGAGCUUCAGAGGCGGACGAUCCAGUCCCAGUAUCUGGUAGCUGUCAACUCGGCAUCAAACUGCCCUCCGCAGGAAUCUGGCCUUGUUAAUAACGGCUGGUUCGGCAAGUUUCAUAUGGAGAUGGUCCUAUGGCACAACCUCCAGUUCGCCCGUUGGAACCACUUCCCUCUUCUAUCCCGCUCUCUGCCCCAGACCUAUACCCGUCUCCUCCCUUCCGCGGUCUCCCGCGCCUCGACGCAAGGCAGCCUCACCCAAUGNGACCCCUCGACUAUUGAUGCCCCGGGUGAGAUCAACACUUUGCUCAUCUGGCAGCAGCCUCCCCCAAUGUACUUCGCCGAGAUAGAGUACCGCCACGCGCCAACCACGGAAACCCUGGAGAAGUGGAACGACAUCUUGACAGCAACGGCUGACUUCAUGGCAUCCUUUGCCUUCUUAAACGGGUCGACUGGGGUGUAUGACCUUGGGCCGCCAAUGUACCCCGUCUCGGAGAACACAAAUCCAAAUGCGACCGUUAACCCGACGUUUGAGCUGGCAUACUGGCGCUUCGGGUUCGACAUCGCGUUAUCCUGGAAAUCUCGUCUUGGGAAGCAGGCCCCUAGUGCUUGGGAAACUGUCAGAGACAAGUUAGCACCUCUACCUAUUACUAAUGACACAUACCUUGUCUACGAAGGCAUUCAGGGAAUGUGGACCAACAUAUCCACUGUACAAGACCACCCAGCAAUGUCGGGUAUCUUCGGCCUCCUCCCACCACCAAGAUCAGGCCCUGCUUUGAACCGGACCACCCUGGAAAACACAGCCGCCAAGAUCUGGGAUCUAUGGGAUCUCAACGAGUCUUUCGGCUGGGACUUCCCCAUGCUUGCGAUGAACAGCCUGCGAUUGGGUGACUCGCAACGAGCGGUUGAGUAUCUUUUGCACUCGACUUUCCGAUUCGACGAUGCGGGUUACCCCGUCGGAGGGACCAGAGUGCCCACGCCGUAUUUCCCCAGCUCAAGCAGUUUGCUCUUGGCAAUGGCUAUGAUGGCGGGCGGCUGGGACGAUGCUGAAGGCUCACACUUUCCGGAAAGUUGGAAUGUUGUCGUAGAAGAUUUCGUGCCGGGCUUGUAG